CGUGCCCGAGCUGCGCCAACAGCGCGUCAUUUGUUCCAACGCAAUCACAGCCAUCCGCUAAAGCGCAGCUCGCGCUGCUGUCCGUCCCGUUAUUCCUUCCUCCAUACCGGAAGUUUAUGCCGCCGCUGUUGAUACCUAUUCAUGGCCAGGAACCAUGAAUUAACCGAGCUUUAUUCAUUGGCCGUAUCAAGAAAACGCUGCGCGGUGUGCAGCGUGUCCUGAGUGGGGAGUGCUUGCUGAGAUGGUGCUGGAUCUGAGUGAGAACUGUGUGGAGAGGGCUGAUGGGGAGAACAUGGAGGCCACUCGGGAAGAUUUUCAACAACCAGAACCCAUUAUAGAGAAUCCCAAACCUGUCCCGGUCCAAGCAAGAAUCAGCAAAAUCACCCAGAGGGACAAGCUGCACCACAACGGGCCCUGUAGCACCCCAAUGGAGCAGAGGGUGCAGGGAGCGGAAGGAGGAAAUAGUGGAAAAACUGAGAAAUUGGACUUGCCCAAGAAGAGGGCAGAACUUCGAAGGCCACUCAGUCUGGAGAUCAAACCGCAGCGUGUUAAGGUGAAUAAUCAGUGUGAAAGCAAAGUGGUGCAGCCUCCAUGGCGUUACGGUGCACCUUCUCCCCCCACGCGAAGCCUUACAAGCCCCAGUUUGGGACCCGGAGGCUGGAUGCGGCGUAGUGAAAGUACUUGUACUGUAAACUCCACGGCGCAACCUAGAGCCAGCAGAGGGCGAAUGCGGCCAGCUACAUCCCUGCCACACAUUGCCCGGGGGCUUGUGGCUGCACCAGUGCCCACACCUUCUGCACCACGCGGGCCCUGUUUACUCGUGGCUCUGAGGCCCAUAAAUCUCGAACAGGAGCGUCAGACCUUUUUCCAGUCGGACUAUAAGUACGAGCCCCAGUUUGAGUACACGUCACCUGAGCCUGUUAGUGUCCUGGAGAAGUAUAAAGAAGGAUCUGGGCUCUUUCUUUCCCAGGCAGUUAAUAUCAUGGAGUGCGUCCUGAGGAAGUUCGGCACCUACGAGAACUUUGAAGAAGUCACCGGAGGAAGUGUGUUGCCCAAGAGUCGAGUGUGGGCGAUGGUGCGCAAGUACUUGCAGAAAGAGGGCUGUGUGGGUGAGGUGGUUGUGUCUCUGUCUGAUGACCUCCUAUCUCAGGCUGUUAUGAUGGUGGAGAGCUGCAGGCCGACCUUAACCAUAAACCUGUCUGGAGCACGGCAGCACUGGCUGGAAGGGAUGCUAAGACAUGAGAUCGGUACACAUUACUUACGCGGCGUGAAUAACAGCAUGCAGCCAUGGGCCACUGCCGUCGGAAGGAAGCAGUUUGGACUGAAGCCAGCCAAUCCUACAGAGGAGGGACUGGCCAGCAUUCACAGCGUGUUGUUGCGGAAGCAGCCCUUCUUGUGGCGAGCUGCUCUCCUCUACUACACCGUGUACCAUGCAGCCAACAUGAGCUUCAGCCAACUGUUCAGCUAUAUCGCUCGCUUCGUCCAGGACCCCGCCGUACGCUGGGAGUACUGCCUCCGUGCCAAACGGGGACAGACGGACACCUCAAAACCAGGCUGUUUCAGUAAAGAUCAAGUCUACCUGGAUGGGAUCCUAAGGAUUUUACGCCAUAGGAGAAACAUCGAUUUCAAGAUGUUAACCUCACUGGGCAAGGUGUCCUAUGAGGAUGUGGAACGGCUACGUCAUCUUGCGGUCCUGCGGAGAACCAGGAUUCCUCACUUCAUGCAAGAUCAAGAACGUUACCUGCGGCAGCUGGACCACAUCAUCGUGACUAACGAACUGAACGAUACUGAGCUACAAGAGCUCAUUCCAUGAGGAUGAGGGUUUGGUUAUACAUGAACUUUUUUUCUGCACCCAAGUUAAGUUUGGCCAUUUGGUCAUUCCCAGCUGCGACUCAGUACAAAAAAAGACGGAUUAUUUGUUUUAAUGCAGCAUCUGUGAAAAUUCACAGUGAUAAAAUCAGUUUUACUCAAGUGAUUUACAUAUCACUUAAUCAGAUUCAUAUUGUUUCCGUGCUAACUGUUUUUUUAUUUUUAUUUUUUCUUCAUUUUCUUUAAAGUGCCACACAACUCGUACGUGAGUUUACAGUUACAGAGAUCAUCACCAAUUUCUCUGAACCAAUAAUAUAUCAAACAUUUGGAUCCUCUGAUAUAUUAUAUAAGUAUUGUAGCCUAAUUAUCGGAGGUCAAUGGAAGAUCAAGGGUAUCUUCAUUACUUUUUAUAAUUAAGUUGCCAUGUUAUUUCAAUGAAACGAUGUACUCAAGCACUCAAGUAGCGAUUCGCUGAUUUCUGUACACACUUCUUUUACCUCGUGUUCUAUUAUAAGCACUGCAUUUUAGUGUUGUUCCUGUGAUGAUGUUUUAGUCACUGCUAGAGCUUUUUAAACCACUGUCAGUAUUUAUGCAAGUAUUUAUUCUUUUUUUUUUUUUUUUUACCUCAUGUAUUCAUAAUGAAAACUGAAUGUUUGUGAUUUUAGGUAAACUCCAUUAGUAAUCAUUAGGGAUGCAUUGAUACGAUUUGUGUAUUGAAAAAAUGUUUGUUUUUUUUACUUCGACUCGCCGAUACUGAUACCAAAAUGAGUAACCUACUUAGUAUUACGCAAUUAGGGGCAUCAUGAACCAUAGCUCUGUUUAAAUUGGGUGCUACCAUGUGCCGGUUUGUUUGAUGUUUUGGUGUAUAAAUAGUAUUUUGAACAGAGAGCGCAUGGGCUGCCGACCUGAGCGUGGACAUCAGUAUCAGCGAACCUGGUAAUUAAAAAUGUUUUCAAGGUAGCUUGAAUUGCGCCUAUACUCUCAAGCAACGUGCAGACCUUGGUGAAGGAAGUGCGCAUAUCUCACAUCAUCAUAUCAGUGCUCGCAGAACUGAAGUGCUCUCACGUGCGACAGUUUUUCUGCACACUUGCUUCGCUGCUCCACGCUCGCAAAUACCUUUGCGUGUGAAUAAUUCAUGGCUUCUUGCCCUCAUUUUAAUGACCACGCUCGCUAAUACUGCUCUGUCCGCUCAGGUCGGCCACACUCUCAUUCGACAUUAAGAUACUAUUUAUGUGCCACAAGAUGUUUUAUCAGGUUGCUUGCAUUGCAAGAGGAUGCUACAGUUCCUCCUCUUGAUAUUUUCACAGAGCAGUUUGCUUUUCUAUGAUUGCCAUCGUUAAUCAUGAACUACAUCUAGGUCGCUGUCAUUUUGUUGGAUCUGUUCCUUAGCAUGACAAACGUUCACUAGGCUUUACAUCACGUUGUAUCAUGUAGUAUUGGAGAUUGGCUUUUUUUUUCUUUUUUUGAGUACCAGCAUGGUAUUGACCAAUACUUGAUUUAUCAUCAGUAUCGAUGCAUCCCUAGUUAUCAUACGUCUUAGUAUUUCCAAGGAGGUAUCAAUGAUCACUAGAACGCAUCAAAUGACAUUGAAUGACCACAUGCAUUAAAAAAGUGCAAUUGACUCGACUAGUAUUUUAUAUCAAGACAGGAAACUGGCAUUAAUUAUGGUUAAAUAUGGAAAAUACAGUCAGGCUGUAUUUGUCAAAUGUGGCGUGUGCACGUGUAGGAUGUUACCACUGCAGCCUCUGCGUCUUAAUCCUGUUCAAAAGUUGGCUACCUGCAGCUCCUUCACUGUCGUACGUUCACACAAGGCAUGUGAUGGACUCGGGAUGAGAUGCAACAAAGUGAUGUGGAUGUGCCUUCGAUGGGUUCAGAACUCAUCUGUACUGGUCAUCUGUUUGUAAAAAGCUUGAAAUCACAUGUUCAGACUCUGUAGUACUCAUCAUCUUCUGUAUUGCAUGAAUAUUGCACAUUUCAUGAUCUUUAAAUAAUCUGCGAUUUUUCAGAUUAUUUAUUAAAACGCUACACUGAA